AUGGCCUCCGGGACAAACAUCGAUGUCGCAGAGCUCGCUGGUGUCUUCGUCGUCCUGUUCACAGUAGCGGCGUACCUCGCGAUCGUGAGGCGACGCCAUGUCAAGCUGAAUCGCGUCCUCGUGCUAGUCGCGCUUGUCUUGUUCAUCCUCGCGACGAUGCAGCUUGCCGCGGAUUGCACGAACAUCUUCCUGGCAUUCAUCGACCGCAGCAGGGCAGAGCGGAUCGCGUUCCUACACGACGUUUCGCAGCCUGUGUUUGUACUCAAGCACACCACGCUUAUCCUCAUGCGGCUGGUAUCCGAUCUGUUUGUCACGUACCGGCUGUGGAUUCUUUGGGAGAAGAACAUCUGGGUGGCAAUCCUGCCCAUAUCCCUGUGUCUCGGCAGCGGAGUCACGGGAUUUCACAUCAUAUGGUCCUUCCAGCACUUUAAGCGAGAAUCACGAGCAUCGCAGGAGAAAUGGCUCAUCGCCGUGUCCGCGCUGAGUCUCGCGGCUAAUUUCAUAGCAACAUGCCUCACCGCGUUCUACUUGUGGAACCAGAGCAGGAAGCUCGCCAAGAUCGUCAAGUCGACGACUUCGAACCGGAUGCCCGUGGUGAAGAUAGUCAUCGAGAGCACUGCCUUCAACGCCGCGUACAUGAUCGCCAAUACGGCCACGCUGGUCGCGGGGACAGAGGGACUCGAGACUAUGGCUGAGCUGGGGACCCCUUUGGUCGGGUGCAUAUUCAUGCUUGUGAUCAUCCGGGUAUGCCUCAAUGCUUUGCAAGGCGCGGGCUUCGCGAGCCAUUCGACCGAGCUGCGCUCAAUGCCUCGUUCCACCGGUAGCGAGAGAUCACGAAAUCGAAACCUUGACCAGCAUAUCGUGAUAGACCAGGAAGUAUUCUUCAGUACGUUACCGCUCGUUACCCUCUGGCAAUACACCAUACUUGCUAUCUUUACAUCUCAGCCACCUGGCAACCUUCCGGCUCUGGACGUGAUGAAAGUGUAG